AUGAAAACACCGGAAUUUGGUCUGCUCCCGAAAGAGUACAACGUCCGCGUGCACGGUGCUUAUUUCCCCGGCUACAAUUAUGGGAAGAAGGAGACACCAGUUGGUGAACUGAAGCUUGCUGAACUUCCGGCAUGGAUUAAGAGUCGGUCGCGCAACCCCGCUGACUGGAUUAAAGCAUUUGCUCGCUUUACUUGGCGUUACAGGCUUAAAUGGUUUUACCCUCGUAGGGCUACGAUGGUUCCAUUCUUUCAAAUCUGUUCCUUCGUAGCUAUUUUCCAAUAUUUCAACAACUUUUCAACCCAUCGCACAGAACGUCAUGCAAAGUACCACUAG